ACUGUAAUCUUUCACAAUCUCUGUCUCUCUUACUCUUCCUGUUCUUUCUCUCUGUUAAAGAACAGCGAGGUCUAAUGGCGUUGCCGAAUCAACAGACAGUGGAUUACCCAAGCUUCAAGCUCGUAAUUGUUGGUGAUGGUGGAACUGGAAAAACCACAUUUGUGAAGAGGCAUCUCACUGGUGAAUUCGAGAAGAAAUACGAGCCUACUAUUGGUGUGGAAGUUCAUCCAUUGGAUUUCUUCACCAACUGCGGGAAAAUCAGAUUUUAUUGCUGGGACACAGCUGGUCAGGAGAAAUUUGGUGGCCUCAGGGAUGGAUACUACAUUCAUGGACAAUGUGCAAUCAUUAUGUUUGAUGUAACAGCUCGGUUGACUUACAAGAAUGUUCCAACAUGGCAUCGUGAUCUUUGCCGAGUCUGUGAGAAUAUUCCAAUAGUCCUAUGUGGGAACAAGGUUGAUGUCAAGAACAGGCAGGUG